AUGGAAGUCUGGACGGUCAUCUCUUUGGUAGUCUAUGGGGUAACCAUCAUUCUGGGACUGCCUUCCAAUGCUUUGGCCUUCUAUGUCUUCUACUGCCGUGCCAAAGCCCAUCUGACACCCAACCUCAUCUACAUGAUCAACCUUUGUCUCUCUGACUUGGUUUUUAUUCUUUUCCUGCCCCUCAAGAUGCUAGACAUGGGGAAAGUGGGCUGGACCAUGCCGGAGUUCCUCUGUGCACUUUACAAUCUCAUCCACUUUGGCACAAUCUAUGCCAGCAUCUGUUUCCUGACUGCUGUGAGUGUGGGACGCUUUUUGGGAACGGUCUACCCCAUCCAGUAUCAAGUUUAUAAGAAGCCUUGCUACUCGUUCCUCGUCUCCUUGGGGAUAUGGUGCCUAGUAGGACUCCACGGGAUGCUGAUUUUCGUCCUGGAGACCACUGGGGACAUCAGUUUGAGACUCUUUGCUGGCAAUGGAUCCUCUUGCUACAGCAACUUGACUGAAGCCCAACUGGCCUUGAUGGCACCUGUGAGGCUAGAGCUGUCCGUGGUGCUAUUCUUCCUCCCCUUGGCAAUCACCUUGUUCUGCUACACCGCCUGCAUCCGUGUCUUGGUUGGGUCACACCUCCAUGUACGGAAGAAGCACCGUGCGGUCCGGGUGGCAGCAGCCACCCUCUCUGUCUUUGUCCUCUGUUUUGGUCCUUAUAAUAUAUCUCACAUUGUGGGAUUCAUCAAAAUGCAGAAUGUCUGGUGGCGUAGCAUAGCUCUGAUUCUAACUGCAUGCAAUGCCUUUCUAGACCCUCUUGUCUUCUACUUCCUUUCCACGGCCAUGGAUGAUGGGCUUGCCCAAGUGUGGGGCUCUCUGACAGACAAAUGUAGGUCCAUUCAGCUGAAAAUUGCCUCUGUUCAUAGAAAAUGA